UUCCGGUGAAGAGAGUGACGUUUAAUGACCCGGAAUGGCUUUGUUGACAGACUGUAAAUUCCAAAAGAGAGAAAACGGUGACGGUAGGAAGCAGUCCUAAAAACAACAACAACAACAAGAACAACAAGAAGAAACAGACAGUUGUAAAACAGCGAGGAAUAACCGGAGGCGCAAUCGAAAACGUGCCAAGUGGAUUGCUUGGGAUACCUGACAAGGCUGCCCCAUGCCCCUUUAAGACAUCUGUUUUGUGCUCCGAUCCCAUUGGCCUGUGUCCUAGCAAGAGGUGACCAUGGCAGUCGACAGCCCAGACACGCUGAUGGCGCUGAGUACGGAGUACUGCCUGCGCAACCUGGAAGGCACGCUGUGCUACCUGCUUGACAACGAGACCCUCCGGCUGCACCCAGACAUCUUCUUGCCCAGCGAGAUCUGCGACAAGCUUGUGAACGCGUAUAUGGAGCUCGUUCACACAGACAACAACUUUGAGCCCUACGAGAGCUUCUUCCCACUCUUCUCAGACACUAGGAAUACUCGUCUGACCCGUGUCCACUUGCGGGAGGACACCGUGCAGGAUCAGGACCUGGAGGCCAUCAGGGGUCAGGACUUGAUUGAACUUCACUUGACCAACUGUGAGAAGCUGACUGCCAAGAGCCUGCAGACGCUGUGUAGCUUCCGUGACACUUUGGUGUCUCUUAGCCUUUUUGGUUGUGGCAACAUCUUUUAUGAAGAGGAGAACCCAGGGGGCUCAGAAAGUGAUGAUAUCUUGGUUAACCCCACACGCCAGGUGCUGGUAAAGGACUUCACUUUCCAGGGCUUCAACCGGCUUCGCAUUCUCAAUCUGGGUAGGCUCACUGAGGGGGUGAAUGUGGAGACGCUCCUGCAACCCCUAACAUCGCUCACGUCUCUUGACCUCUCCUGCAUCCAGUUGUACCGAGUAACAUUCCUAACUCAGUGGAAGGACCGACUGUCAUCUUUGGUCCUGUACAACAUGGACCUGUCUGAUGAACACAUCCAGACGAUAGCUCAGUUGGUGCAUCUCAGACACCUGGAUAUAUCCCGUGACCGGCUGUCAAGCUUCUACAAGUUCAAGCUGACCCGUAAGGUGCUAUCCGUGUUUGUCCGCAACUUGAUCCACCUCGUCUCACUGGACAUCUCAGGCCACGUGCUUCUAGAGAACUGCGCCGUCUCUCAGAUUGAGGAGGCUCUGGGACGUCCCAGCAUUGAGCCUUCAAAGAGUAGCAUCUGCCCCUUUCAGGAACUGAAGAGGCCUUUGCAGUUUCUCGGUCUUUUUGAUACAUCGCUCUGUAACUUGACGCACAUCCCCGCCUAUAAGGUCACUGGAUCCAAAAAUGAAGAUCAGAUCCUGAACGCAAUUGAAGCGUACACAGAAUAUCGGCCUGAAAUGGCAUCACGAGCCAUAAACCACUUGUUUGAUAUCGCUCGAAUACAACGCUGUAGCCAACUUCUCCGGGCUCUUCAGCUCGUCAUCUCUGCACUAAAGUGCCAUAAAUAUGAUAAGAGCAUUCAGGUGACGGGCAGUGCUGCACUAUUUUAUCUAACCAACACAGAGUAUCGCACAGAGCAAAGUGUCAAGCUGCGGCGACAGGUCAUCCAGGUUGUGCUUAAUGGCAUGGAAUCAUAUCAGGAGGUCACGGUGCAGAGGAACUGCUGCCUCACAUUGUGCAACUUCAACAUCCCAGAAGAGCUUGAGUUCCAGUAUCGGCGGGUGAAUGAGCUCCUGCUUAAUAUUUUGAAUCAGUCUCGGCAGGACGAGUCCAUCCAGCGCAUUGCAGUGCACCUUUGUAAUGCUUUAGUCUGCCAGGUGGAUAAUGACCACAAAGAAGCCGUUGGCAAGAUGGGUUUCGUAACGACAAUGUUGAAACUAAUUCAGAAGAAACUAGUGGAAAAAACGUGCGACCAAGUAAUGGAGUUCUCCUGGAGCGCCCUCUGGAACAUCACAGAUGAAACUCCUGAUAACUGUGAAAUGUUUCUCAACCAUUCUGGUAUGAAGCUGUUCUUAGAAUGUCUAAAGGAAUUUCCAGACAAGCAAGAGCUUCAUCGGAACAUGCUGGGGCUCCUGGGUAACGUAGCAGAAGUCAAAAAUCUGAGACCCCAGCUUCUGACACCUCAUUUCAUUACUGUUUUCAGCAACCUGCUAGAUAGUAAGGCAGAUGGAAUAGAAGUGUCAUACAAUGCCUGUGGAGUCCUGUCGCACAUCAUGUUUGAUGGACAAGAGGUUUGGGCCAUGGCAGACCCCUUGAGGGAUCAGGUUAUGGACCGGAUGUGGGCUGCUAUUCAGAGCUGGGAUGUCAACUCCAGAAGAAACAUCAACUACAGGUCUUUUGAACCAAUCCUUCGCCUUCUUCCUCAAGACAUUGCACCUGUCAGUCAGCACUGGGCUACCUGGGCUCUUUAUAACCUAAUCUCUGUCUACCCUGACAAGUACUGUCCCCUGCUCAUAAAAGAGAAUGGUAUUGCACUUCUAAAAAGAGUGUUGGAGCUGGAGUCAGCCAGGCAGGAGACCAAGGAAAUGGCCCGGAAAGUCAUAGAGCACUGUAGCAACUUUAAAGACGACAGCAUGGACACUACAAGGUAAAGGAAAUAAAAAAGAAGAUGAAGACGACAACAAAUCUCCCAAGAAAUUAACAGGAGCAAGUAGGAGGGCAAAGAAACCAAGAAACUGCACUCUCCACAGUUCUCGGCCGUGUCUCUUGUCUGUUGUGAAUUGUACACUUGUGAGAGGCUCAUUGGCUUCUCUGCAACAUUGACGGGGAUUGGGGUGGGGUGGGGUGAACUUUGAACCUUUGACACACACAGGUUUGGGGAGGAGUGGAUUUAGUGUUGUACAAACGUAACCUGUACACAUCAUACUUUUUAUCAUUAUUAUUAACAUUUUUAUGGCACAAAACGUACAGAAGCCAUUUUGUAUUUUUUUUUCUUGUAUUGUUAGAAAAAAAACAAAAAACACAAGAGCUUCUAGUAUUUUACACUCAUAUGUUCUUAGGUCUCAAGUAAAAGGCCUUGAAUAAGCUUCAUCAUGGACAUGGGUUCUGAGGCAGACUAUUUAUUCUUCUUUUUUGUUGGAGUGAAUUUCUCAUGGGUAGUUUGCUUUCCCUCCUACAGAUUGUCUUGCUGCCCUGGUGUUUGAUGCACACAAGCCUUUGUUUUCAGCUGCAUGGGCUUAUUUCUCCAUCCUGGGACUUGAGCAUUUUGGUUUGCAAGCCUCCAAGCUGUAGCUGUAAUGCUGGACUGCUGCAAGGCAACUGAAACAAAGACGAUGGCGAUGGCGACAUAAGCACAUGCAUACACACGUUUUGCCUUUAAGCCAGUAUGCAGCCAGUUUGGUUGGAGCUUACGCUGAUGGUGACCAAAUACUUCGUUAUUUUAUUUUGCUGCUUGGCUCUUUCUUGAGUGCUAGAUCAUCGGAGGCCAUCACUCAUGUGGACUCCAGGUUUGUGUUUGUGUCUGUGUCACUCCUCCGCCUCCUCCACAUGAGGCCAUCCCAGUGAACACUGGGGGUGGUUAUUUGGGCACUUUGCGUGGGCUCUGAAGUGGUAGCUCUUUGACUAGAUAGCGCAUUAGCUGCGGGAUCUUUGUUCUCAAUUUGAAUUAAUUUUGCUGCUGCCAUGACCAGGGUUACCAAAAUCGUCAGAAAUUCUGUGAACGUAGAAUCGAUUCUUUGAAACUGAAGAAGUUCUCACAAGCGGCUUUUAUUUUUAUGUUUUUGUGGAUCAGGAACAAGUGAGCUCCAUGAGCACAGUGUGUAUUAAUGCACACACAAAUACGUGAAUGCACGCAUAUAUACAGUACGAAAUACACAGCAUGCUCACAUACACACACACAUUUUCCAUUUAGUGAUUGCCAUCUUAGAUUUGUGUGUGGUUUUGCCUUUUUUAUUUUUGUUUAUUUCCAGAUUGAUUUCCUAUCCAGUAUACACACCCGAGCAGGCGCGCAGCGUAUUCCUGACAAAUCAACAGUUAUUAUUUAUUGGAUCUUUUUCUUCACUGUGAGCUGUGUAAUGCAGAGCAGAAACGUUAUCAUUAUAGAGGGAAUCGGACAGGACAUACUCUGACCUUGGCAUCCAUUUUUUUGCCAGUUUUCUAAGAUCAUUGGUAAGAUUUUUGGUUUACAGUAUAAUAAGCUAAAUAAAUACCUUUGAUUUAGGAAUGUUAAAAAAGAGUUGGGUGAAUGCUUAAUUUCAAGCAGUAGCAUCUCUGCUCUUUCCCUACUUUAAUUUCAGCGAGUUUCUUUUGUUUAUAAAUAAGCUCUAUUUAAAGCAAGUUUUUGUUUGUAUUUUGUAUGCUUGUAAAACUGUAUUUACAGGUUAUGGAAGUUCGGAUGAAUGCUGUUUUUACUAUAAUUUCAUUUGUGAAUGUGUCUAUGUAAAAAUAACCUUUGAGGGAGAGGGAAAUAACCAGUAAAUGGAGUUUUGAUAAAUGCAUAAAUGUAAAACAUUUAAUUGACGUUUUCUCUGUUUUGCUGUAUUUGUUUCAUAACAUCUGAAUGACUAUAAAGAGUUUGAAAUGUG